AUGGAUGACAUUUUAGAUGAGGCAACAAGGAAGGACCUCUUCACCGACACUUUCUGUAAGGUUUGUGGGGCAGUGCUGCAGUUUGAGUCUCAAAGGACAUCACACUAUAAGAGCAAAAAGCAUGCUCAGAAAGUUCGUGUUUACAUCCAAAUGCAUGGUGAGAAGGAUGAAAGGCAGGAGCGUGACAAACAGAAGAAAACAGAUUGUGUCAAUUUUCAGAUGGAUGGGAGUGGAGUAGUGGACAAAAGCAAAUACUGUGACCUCUGCAACAUGUUUUUUACUUCCUCAGUCGUUGCUUUGUCUCACUACUUGGGAAAGAUCCAUGCUAAAAAACUGAAGCAAUUAUCAGGAGACCAAACCCCCAUGCCAGCACAGAGCGUGCAGCCUGUUUCUGCUCUACAGAAGCCAUCAGCUGAGAAGCCCUUGGUACCUUCAAAUGCUGAAGAGUCUUCGUCAUCCUCCAACACAAGGCUGAAGUUAAAUGAUCCAGACAAGUACUGCAAGCUCUGCUGUGCUCCCUUCAAUAAUCCACUUGUGGCCCAGGAGCAUUAUGUUGGUAAGAAACACAGAAGAAAUGAAGCACGGAAAAAGAUACUGGAGGAGCUAGGAGACAAAGCUGUCCCUGCAGAAUCCAGCACAAAUGGUUCUUUCUUUUCAGCAGUUGGGGUUGGUUGUUACAUGUGCCCCGUAUGUAAUGUCAUACUUACUUCUAUAGAAACAUACCAGUCCCACAUGCAAGGAAAUAAGCACCGGAUUAAAGAAGCAGUGCAUGUCAAUCUCAUGAAGAAAACAUAUGACUCCUUUCAAGAUGAAUUAACGGAUUACAUUAAAGUUCAGAAAGCUAGAGGUCUGGAGCCAAAAAGACAUUUAAGAAAAGGAGAAGAGAUUCAAGAUAAAAACACUGAGGGAGGAAAUUACCUUGGUGAGGUUACAUCUUCAAACUUUCAGUGUGAACAAGGCCAGCAUUCCAGCCUUUUUUCAGAAACCCAGUCAUCUACAAAUACUGGGGAAAACAGGUCAUCAAGCUGGCCAUCAGCUUGUGAGCGUGCACGAGAAAAGACACCUAAUUGUCACUAUAACAAGGGAUACUGUAAAGAAGAGCAAGCAUCUGAGAUGGACACCAUCAGAGAUAAGAGCUUCAGCCUCUCGGUUGCAGAAUCUAAAGACUGUUACAAACUUAUGCUUGCUGAAACUUCUACCAGCUGCUACAGAAAAGAACAGAAAUUUCAGAUAAAACAUCUUGAGGAGGAAAAAUACAUCAGUGAAGAGCUGAAGUAUGAGAAAGAAACCACAAAACAGAAAAGAAAGGAAAAUAGUGAGGGUACAUAUUUUGGGAAAAAAAAUGAGAAACAAAAGAGAAUUAAAGUUGAGGUAGACUUGGUAAAUGAGAAGAAAUCAAGACCUUAUAAAGACAAAAUACUUAAAGGAAACCCUGCUGAGAAAGAGAGCAAAAAGCACAAAAAGGAUAAAAAGACGCCACAGACAGAUGGCAAAAAAGAAGAGGAGCUACUUUGGGAUGAAUCUGUUUUGGGAUAUUGA